GAAGCAACAUCGAUUCAAACGUAAGUCGUCGCAUCAGUCAAGUGAAAAUUUGGCGCGUGCAAAUCCAAAAAUAACGUAAAGAUCGGCCACUCAACUUCUUUAUUGGCCAACAUUUGUUUUUCAUGGUGUGAAAUUAUUGUGCUGGAAUCAGAGACAACUUAGAACAAAAUUCUUGAACAAAAUCAAAAAAUAAAGCAAUUUCAGACCGUUUUAUUCUGAAGUGUAGUGUUGCAUUUGCAUAAACGGCCGUUGGGUGACAUUUUUUUCGCUCUUGGCUCACGUUUGUCUUGCAUUCCUGAUAGCCGUUGCUUUUAAUAAAUUAUUGUGUGUCACUUUUUAAUUAGUUUAUGGCGAAAUUAGUAAUGUAAGCAAUAAAUAAAGCCACAACCAGAAUCUUGUGGUGCUAAAGAACGAAAAAUAGGUGUUCCUUUGAGCAAGUGCGUUUAAUUAAUCGCGCAAAUAAAGACGAUAACGCAAGAGAGAGAGAAAUAUGCUCGGUGCAUAAAGAUUGCUGUAAUUAGUGGAUAUCGUCCGACUUUAUAACGGUAGAAGCCAGAGAGUUGUAAACAGCGAAACAUAAAUAGAAACAUAUUUACGAAGAGCCGAGCAAAAAGUGGAGAAGAAGCCAAGAUUUAUUGUUGAACUGUUAGACAAAAGGCGAUAAAAUGGCCCGAUUAAUCAGCAUAAUUUAUCAUAUGCUAAUACUGUAUUUGCACGGUUGCUGGUCAAGUAGACCACCGAUUGCGCCGAACAAAUUGUAUGGCAUCAAAAUCAACUGCACACGUGAUGUGUUCAACAUAAAAUUGGAUCUGGACAAAUCAUUCAAAGGCAUCGUCUUUGCCAAAGACUUUCUGGAAGAGUGUCGCACAAAAGGUAAUCGAUCGACUGCGGUGGAAAUCAAUCUGCCAACAUCUGGUUGCGGGAUACGCAGUGAAGCACAAACCGAUGGUUCGUUAGAGAUGUCAGUGCGUCUGGUGAUUCAAAUGGAUGAGAAAUUGCGCCAACGUUCCGAUUUGGAACGAAUGGUUCGUUGCAAUUUGCCCAAUCAAAUGAUGGAAAUGAAUAUUGGCAUGACGGAGGAGAAGCGUGUGAUCAGUAGGCAUGGCCGUAUGCACGUGAGCCCAAGCAGUAGCUCGGAUAUGGAGAGUAGUGUGCCAAGAAUUCGAGUAUGGCUCGAGCUGGGCGGUACCGAUGGCUCGGGCACGGUUGAAGUUGGCCAAAUGACGACGAUCAAUAUUCGUGCGGUACUGCCAGGUACGGUUGGUGUUCGAAUCGUUGAUUGUGCAGCAUUAGAUGGAUUGGGCGAAUCAUCACAAAAACUACUCGACGAACGAGGCUGUCCGAUUGAUGAACAGGUGAUGCCAGCCCUUAUUACCCGUGUGAGACCAGCUGAAGAAGGUUGGUCAAAGCCUCAUAUCGAUGAUUUGGUGGAAAAAUUAUUUACUGCCACAUUCCCAGCGUUCAAAUUUCCCGAUCGAGAGAGACUGCAUGUCACUUGCGGCGUUCAACUUUGUCGUGAGGAAUGCCCAUACGUGGACUGUUCCGAAUCAGAUCCAUUCGUUUUGGAUUCCGAAGAACAAUUGGGGCGCAUUGAAGUUUUCAACUCGUUGGCUGUAAUUGCACCGCAAAUUGAAUUGGAUCGUUUGCGAAGCGAUCGUCGAUAUAAUGUUACCGUCGACGAAUAUCCAACGAGAUUACGUCACUUACGAUCCGAAGGCAUUCUGUGUAUGUCAUCAUCGAAAUUGGCCCUUGCCUUUUGUAUUCUCGGAAUGAUAUUCGUAGUGGCCGUAAUUGUGGCAAUCUUUUGCUUAAUUUGGGGCAAAUCCAAAUCUAGUCGAUGGACACACGGUACAAAUUCGAUGCGAGCCAACACUAGCAUCUUUUCAUCAAGUUCUAGUUCCAAUUCUCGCUUCGGCGGCAAACUGCUGAUACCGUAUACAGGUUCUUUGCCCUAUGGUAGAGUUUAUUAGUUAAGCAUUUUCAAUAUGAACGGAUUUCGGUGAUAAAAUUUAACGUUCUUUUUCAUAAAAAGAAGACUGAAGAAGCGUUCAAUGUUAGUUCCAAGCAAAUAAACAUUGUUUUUUGUUAUCUUUGAUUUUGUUCAUUUUCACCUAAGCGAAAAUACUAUAAAUAUCAUGAUAAAUGACAAAUAUUUAUUAUUUUGUUCUAUUUAUUUAAGUUUUUGUAUCUGUUACUUGUUAAAAAUCUAGCGUAUUUUGUAAAUUGUAAAUACUUCGAACUAGAAAAUUGUACAGUGUACCUCUUAACCUAUUAGAAUAUGUUAAGUUUCUUACUGUAUCACAACAUAUUGAUAUCAAUAAAUACACAUCUAGACGUUCUAAA